CCCAACGGUCUCGUGAGGAGCGGAACGAUGUCAUUCUCUCCACACCUGUGCUGCCGCCUCCUGGACGGACGCGACUCCUUUGCAGCGACUGUACUAUAAGUGAACGGACAGCUUAUGAGCCCCACUCAAAGCGGAGAGAAGCACGCGCAAGGAGCGGAAUGGCGAGGAUACUAGCGCGGCACCUCCGCGUCCUCCUCGUGGGUCUCCUCCUGGCAGACUCGUGGACUCUCGGGGCGAGCCGUGGGGCGACGUCGCCCGAAGAGGAGCGGGACAAAGAGAGCGACGCGGAGACGCCGUGUGAGCUGAAAACCGUCACCGUGUCUACCCUGCCCGUCCUCCGCGAGAACGAGUUCAGCUUCACCGGCGGAGCCGCGGGGAGCGUGGCCGGAGGAGGGAGCGCAGCCGGAGCAGGUGGCGGCGGAGCAGCCGGCGGAGGAGGAGGAGGAGGAGCAGCAGCAGCAGGAGGGGGGGAAUCCCGACUUCUGCUGUUCGUUAGAACUGACCUACCCGGGCGAAUCUCUGUAGUGGAUGACCUGGACAACACUGCUCUUCCUUACUUCACUCUGGAGAUGUCCGGUACAGUAGAAGAUAUUUCUCAGGUACACUGGAAGCAGCAGUGGUUAGAAAAUGGGACGCUUUACUUUCACGUGUCCAUAACGGAAUCUGAGCUUCUGGCACAGACUACACAGCCCACAGCCCGAGAGCCUGCUCAGGCGCUGCCUGAACACAUGCAUCUGCUACACAUCUCAGUCAUGGGAGGCCUCAUUGCACUCCUACUCCUAAUUCUCCUCUUCACCCUUGUCCUGUACACCCGCCACCGAUGGUGCAAGCGUCGUCGGAUCCCCCAAAAGAGCGCCAGCACCGAGGCCACCCACGAGAUCCACUACAUUCCCUCCAUCCUGCUGGGUCCGCAGGGUCGCGACAGCUACCGGGGCUCCCGAGGAAAUCACCAGCACGGCGGCUCUGUCAUUGGAAUGCCCAUCCGGGAAACCCCCAUUCUCGAUGAUUACGACUGUGACGACGAGGACGGAGGGGGGCACUCGCUGAACUCCACGCCCAACCAACUCCACAAGCUCAGCGAUGGAAAUGUCUUGGAGGAUUAUGGACUUAACAUUGGAGGGCACACGGACACGAUGUGCAAAGAAGACGAUAUUAAGCAAUUCGAGAAACGAGUUCUUGACCCAAACACGGAAUCAGUGGAAGAUUUAAUGCAGCGGUUCCAGGACAGUUUCCGUGUUCCCAACACACCGACAGACAUUUGUCACUACCAGCAAACAUUACACAACUCGUCCACAGGACGCCGGAAAUUCCCCAACCACACAAAAGCAACUGGACAUGUGUUCAGUCCACAAGGGGGAUCGGGGUCAGAGCCUGAAGACGACAAUCAAACAAAGUUUUACACAGAGCAACACAGAGGGCGAAGACGCAGCAAAGGCCACUCUCACAGUCCCCUAAAUAAGGUCACCCUGACGCUGAUUACCAUCAGCACAUGUGUCAUUGCCAUUGUCUAUGCUACGCAGGAUUCCUGCCCCCUCACUGUCAAGGUUACCCUCCAUGUGCCUGAGCACUUCAUUGCAGAUGGAAGCAGCUUUGUGGUGGGCAUGGGCAGCUUCCUGGAUGCCUCUAACUGGCUAAAUCCAGCCAAACUAACUCUCUAUUAUCAGACCAACUCAUCAACACAGUGGGUCCAAGACUUCUGUGGCCAAAGGACCACUGAGCCCUGUGAACAGAUAUGUGACCAGGAUACAGGAGAAUGCAGCUGUCAUGAGGGUUAUUCCCCGGAUCCUGUCCAUAAACACCUCUGUGUUCGGAGCGACUGGGGUCGGAACGAAGGUCCUUGGCCAUAUGCUAACUUAGAAAAAGGAUAUGACCUAGUUACAGGACAGCAGGCCCCAGAGAGGAUCUUCAGAUCAUUCUACAGUCUGGGUCAAGGAUUAUGGCUGCCAGUCAGCAAAAGCUUUGUGGUGCCACCAGCGGAGCUGUCAAUCAACCCUAUUGCCAGCUGUAAGACAGAUGUGUUGGUUACUGAAGAUCCAGCAGAGGUCAGGGAAGAGGCAAUGAUAUCCACAUACUUUGAUACGGUAGAAGACCUGUUGGCAUCUUUUGGGCCGGUUCGAGAUUGUUCCAAAGAGAAUGGAGGCUGCAAAAGGAAUUUCAAGUGUGUUUCAGAUCGUCAGUUAGACUCUACUGGUUGCAUGUGUCCUGAGGGGCUGAGGCCAAUGAAGGAUGGCUCAGGUUGCUAUGACUACUCCAGAGGCAUUGACUGCACGGAUGGCUUCAAUGGGGGCUGUGAACAGCUGUGUCUCCAGCAGCUUGAGCCUCUGGAAGAUGACCCAAGUUCCAGCAAUGUGCUCAUGCAUUGCGGGUGUGUGCAGGAGUACAAGCUGGCAGGGGAUGGGCGCUCCUGCCUCCUGCAGGCAGAGAACUGUGAGGGGUCCAAAUGCUCAAGGCAGGAUGUCCACUUCAAUGACACUCUGUUCGGCGAGAUGUUACACGGAUACAACAACAAAACACAACAAGUCAAUUUGGGGCAGAUUUUCCAAAUGACAUUCAGAGAUAACAACUUCAUCAAGGACUUCCCACAGUUGGCCGAUGGGCUCAUGGUCAUUCCCUUACCAGUGGAGGAACAGUGUCGUGGGGUUCUGUCAGAGCCUCUUCCCAAUCUCCAACUCCUCACAGGCCGUGCCCAGUUCAGUGAAGCAGUAGGCUACCCAAUGGUACAGCAGUGGAGAGUACGCAGCAAUCUUUACAAAGUCAAACUCAGCUCUAUUACCUUAUCCACAGGCUUUUCUAAGGUUCUGAAGACCCUUUCUGCAGACAGCACACGUGAAGAGCUACUGGCCUUUAUCCAGGAAUACGGCAGCCAUUAUGUGUCUGAGGCGCUUUAUGGCUCUGAGCUCAGCUGCAGCAUCUACUUCCCCAGCAAGAAAGUGCAGCAGCAGCUUUGGCUGCAGUACCAGAAAGAUGCAACAGAGCAGGGAGCUGGAACCGGAGGGCGGCGUGAUCUUAAGUCAAUCCCCUUCAUCAGCUACCUCUCAGGUCUGCAGAAGAGUCAGCUGUUGUCUGACGACAUGGUCAACGGUGUGGAGAUCCGCUGCGAAGAAAAGGGCAGCUGUCAGGCUGGCUGCCAUCUGUGCCAUCACCAGGCUAUCCCAGGUGGAGGAGGAGGAGGAGGAGCAGGGGUGUUGGGAAGGGGCCGCGGGGGUGACAGGAAGAGCGGAGAGCAGCCGUCCCCCACUCCUGUCCUGCUGGAGGUCACUCGUGUCGUGCCCCUUUACAGCCUGGUCCAAGACAACGUCACCAGAGAGGCCUUCAAGAGCGCCACGAUGAGCUCAUACUGGUGUGCUGGAAGGGGCGAUGUCAUUGAUAACUGGUGUCGCUGUGACCUGAGUGCCUUCAGCAUCGAUGGCCUGCCUAACUGCAGUCCCCUUAGGCAGCCAAUUUUGCGCCUUGCCCCUCACCUGGAGCCCUCCAGCACAACAGUGGCGCUCGAGUGGGUGGACGUGGAGCCACAGAUAGGCUGCAAAAUUUCUGAUUACAUCCUCCAGCAAAAACGAAUGGAGGAUCCGUCCGAGGCAGAUGUCUACACAGGUGAGAUUCUGAGCUUGAAGGACGACCUGUUCUCUGGUCUGGGUUCACCAUGUGUGGUUGCUGGAAGGCGGAGUGGAGACCACGCCCAUUCUUUGCUGUACUCUGUGGUUUUUAAGUGCCUGGAACCUGACAGCCUCUACAGAUUUACUCUCUAUGCAGUGGACAACAGAGGCAGCCACUCUGAGUCAAGCUUUGUCUCAGUGCGCACAUCGUGUCCGUUGGUGGAUGACACUCGUGCAGAAGAACUGGCAGAUAGGGUGUACAACCUGUAUAACGGCUAUACCAGUGGCAAGGAGCAGCAGAUGGCCUACAAUAUGUUGAUGGAGAUUUCACCUCCACUUUUAUACAGAGUGCAGCAUCACUACAAUUCCCACUAUGAGAAGUUUGGAGACUUUGUGUGGCGAAGUGAGGAUGAGCUUGGGCCCAGAAAAGCAAGUCUCAUACUCCGCAGGGUCGAGAAGAUCAGCCUCUACUGUCGCUCUCUCCUGAGCAGCACCUACAUCCAGAGCCGCACGGACACCAUGGCGUACGUCUACUGUCGAAGUGAAGAGGAUCAACCUCCGAGCAACACGUGGCACGGCUCUUUACAUGACGGUCACACCAUGUGCAUGGAAAAACUUAUUUCUGUACAGCGCAACACAUACAGUAACACCAAACUCCGAUGAGGCAGGAGCUCAGAGACAAGCGGUGCGACUCCUUUGUUUUUUGCACGUCAAGGAUGAUGAACCUCUCCAGGAAUGAUCUGAAAGCAAGAGUCUCACAUGACUUGUGCCAGGACAAAUUUGAAAGAUAAGAUAACUUGAUUUUACUGGACAUUAAAUUGGAGCUACCAAAAAAAAGAGAAAAAAAAAAACGGUUUUGUGCGGCCUGAUUCAAAGACCAGAGCAACACAGAGAGGGGUACAUUUCUCAACUGCUAAAUGCCAGUGAUUGCACAUAUCAAAAAGAAGGUGCGCUAUGAACAUGUAAAAUAUCAUUUAGCCAAGAGAAUAUGAGUUGGCCUCAAUACUUUGAAUGUAAUGUCGUAGUUCCUUUUUGGUGCUUUGCUUAUUGAGACAAAGAAAGCGGGGAAAAAAGGAAAUAUCAGUGUUAGAACUUCUUUGCCUUUGCUACUUGUAUAAAAAAUGUUAAAAAAAAUAAAGUUAGUUUUAUUGACAUUAUGGGAGAUUUAUUGUUUAAAAGUGAAAAUGGCAAAAGUUUGCUUAGUAGCAAGGUUGAUAGAAGGAAACUUGACAACAUGGGAAAAAUAUGUAAAAACAAGGCACUCAAAUAAUUAAUAUUUAAGCUUUUAUUUCAGAACCAAAAAGAGAAAAAAAAUGUUAUUAUCAUUUUUAUAGGUUUUACAAUGCAGUGAGUACAACUGGAAGUAUAAGGACCUAAUAAAUAUCUUUUUCAAAGUCCAGGUGAAGCUGAACACAAACUCCUUUUCAAUACAUCAAUAAUUCUGCAGCACUGAAAAUAAGUGCAAAUUAUGGAUUUUUAUAUGCAAAUAAAAAAAAGAUGUCACCAGAUGACAACUGAUCCCUGUAAUACACAGUACCAAUGCAGAACAUUCUAUGAAAACAUGAUCUUUUUCCCAUUAAAGUACCACUUACCAUCAGUGCUAAUACAUUUGAUCUACAGUGCCCCCCAAAAUUAUUCAUACUUUUCGGGCAGCGUUGCAAAUCCGAACUCCUGCUGCUUUGCUUUAAAACGUCUUGACUUUGAAAAAUGAUUUCAUAGAUUCUCAUAUUUAUGUGUAAAUAAAAGAAAAGCAGGAUCGAAUGGCAGAACUAAGGGGAAAAAUCUUCAGGUGAGUGAAGCGGUCUAAAAAAUCUCUAAACAAUUCUGUGAUAGAUCCAAUGGCAUCCUCUAAUUCUUUCAGUCAGAUGAUGAUAUCUUUGAAGCCAUGAAUAUUGUUUUACGAAAGAAAAACAAUGCCUUUUUUUUUCAAUUUGUCAUGUCAUUAAUUCUGUUAUAUUGUAAAUUUGAAUUGUAUAAAAAGAUAUCUGUAUUAAUGUGUAAUUUUGUUUUUUUCUGAAGAAUGUGAAAUAUUAAAAACAUCUGAAAAAAAGACUAUUCUUUUUUUUACAGGUUAUAAUGGUAUUUAAAGAAGAUCAUAAGUGAUAGUAAUAGAGUGCUUAUAAUUAAUCAUAUUUUGUUUCCCAAAAUAAUGAAAAUACAUUUUUGUUGAAGAUAUCAUUACGUCACUUCAUCAUUACAAAUUACACAAUGAGUUCAGGCUUAAGUGGAUUCUUUGUCCUCUCUCAUUGCAUUAAAUUUUUCAUCCUGUUUUGAGAUAAAAGCCUAGCUCCCGUUUCUUCUGUUCCUCCAAUGUGAUCAACCUUUUUAACGAGGCACAACUUUCCACUGAAUGCGAAACCCAAAAUGCACACAGGCGCUUGUUGGCAUAAAUUUUCAUUAAAAGUGGUCGCUUGAAUACGUGUUGCCGAGGGAGUUGUGGGCACUAAUAGAAGGCCAAUUUGUGCUGCUCUCAAAGCCUUUUACAACUUGCAGUUCAUAUUUACACACCUUAACCCUUGUGCUAUCUUAGAUGACCCCACCCUUACAUU